AUGAAUGGAUCCUCUCAAGCAACCCCGCCCAUGACUCUGGUUGAGCUCCACAAGAAGGCUUGCAUCGAGCGUAAAAACACGGCAGGAAGACGAGCCUUCCCCCCUCCGUCGUUCCGCAGUCGUGUGGGUCAAGCAGUGUCAAAAUUCCAGGCUACCGUCCCUUACACCGAAGAAACGGCCCUUCCUCCUGCUCGCAAUGGGCUUGUUGCGUUGAUUGACGAUGCGCUGGCGGCAUCUUCUCUUCAGGACACCCCUACAAACAGAACAAGCACUGGCAACUUUCCCUGGCAGCUCUGA